GUCGGUCCCCGCCCUGGACGACGGAAGCUCCGCCCACGGAUCGGCACGAAGCCCCGCCCACAUCCUCCACGGACUCUUGACGUCACGGGAAGCAGCGUCACCCGCAAGUUCAGUACACGUGUGACGUUGGUUGAGGUCGGUGGAUGGACGUGCACUAGGACACACUUCUUUUUCUCUGGCCAGUCGCUCUUAAAAAACCCCAAGUCGUUUUGUGGUUAUAAAACGGACAGGUCAAUCACAUCGACGACUGAUUAACGGGAGGAAAACAUCGCGCUUUCGAGUUCGCGAAGUUAGCGCUUUCACGGCCGUGAAAUUCGCCGAUUAACAGGACAUUUCCCUUAAUUAUGCGCUGCUGGGCGUCGUCGACUGAUGAUGAUGUCGAGUGAUUAAUCGACUGAUGACUUGUCACUUCGGAUGCACCGACGAUCAAUGUUAAUCGGUUAAUCGGGAUAAUGAAGGCUGAGUGAGGUUGUGCUUCUCGAAGUCGCUCUGAUCGGUUCACUCAUAACAAUUUUAGGAAAGGUUCAUGAAGCGAUGCGGGACGUACCAGAUGCAGAGGAACUGCUCAUCAUCAGGAAGGCAGAAGAGAUAGACCUCGAUUCCUCAGUAAUGGUCCCAGGAGAGGGGAGUGACCGCUCAUUCCGUGACCUCUGCGAUCUGAGUGAGAUUGACUCCGAGGGGAGAUCUGUGUCCUCGCCGAGGGGACCGCUUUCAUCCCCUCGGGAUUCCCAUUCCUCUCCGAGGGACUCUCAGGGCCACCUCUCAUCACCCCACGCCCAUCUCACCUCGCCGCCGCCGCGCUCACACAGAACCCCACCUACGCCCACUAGUACCUCCGAAGGCCACGAUCUCAACAUGAAUUCGGCAGGUGCCGCUGCCGAGCUCAGCGCUGCUGCUGAGCGGUUCAUUACUCAGCAGCUCUCUGCCGUGCCUCUGGAGCUGGAGGUGCGGCCGUCUAGCACGGGCGUGGGCGUGGGCGUGUGGUCUAAACAAGUCAUCGCUAGGGGCACGCGCUACGGCCCUUUUCUGGGGAAGUGGACCGCCAACGCCAAGGAUCCGGGACUCGCUUGGGAGGUCGUGUCAGCCAGGGCAGGACUUCGUGGAUGGUUAGAUGCUGGGGAAAUGGGGAACUGGUUACGUCACGUAAGAGUGGCUCUGUCGCCCGUCUACGGGAACUUGAGGCAUCUCCUUAUGGCUGGCCAAAUUUUCUAUGAAGCGCUCCGUGAUAUUCCUCCUUCGGAAGAGCUUCUGCUAAUCAGAAAAACAGUCAUAGACCUCGAUACAUCUGCCAUUGAUGACCAGGUCCAAGUGGGCUCCCCGGAAGAUCGAUCCGAGAACACAGGAGAGGACUGUGAUGACGAUGAGGAAGAGGACGACAUUGCCAAACACAGGUGUCUUCAAUGUGACAAAAAUUUCAGCAGUUAUGACGAGUUGGAUGACCACCUGGUGACUGCUCAUGGUUACACCGCCAAUCAGUAUCGCUGUGAGUAUUGCCCCAGGUCCUUUUGCUGGCGGCCGAAUCUCAUCCACCACAAGACGAUCCAUGGCGAGUACAAGAGGUACCCCUGCGAGAAUUGCCCCAGGGUAUUCACGGAUGCCACGACCCUUCAAAAACACAUCAGGAAUCAACAUGCCGGUGCUCGUUGUCACGCUUGCCCCGAAUGUGGCAAGACUUUCGCCACUAGCUCUGGUCUCAAACAGCACACGCACAUCCACUCCUCAGUUAAACCAUUUCAGUGCGAAGUCUGUUUCAAAGCUUAUACCCAGUUUAGUAACUUGUGCAGGCACAAACGCAUGCAUGCUGACUGUCGUUUGCAGAUCAAAUGUACCAGGUGUGGGCAGGCUUUCUCUACUGUGACAUCGUUAGCAAAGCACAAGAGGUUUUGCGACACUGCUCCGUCAUUAUCAAUGCCCCCUGGACAUCAUUCGCUUCAUGACAAUAAACUAUCACCAACUGGUUUGCAACUGGGUGGUGUCUCAUCUACACCACCGAAUCCUUUUAUGAUGUAUCCUAGGCCAGUUUUGCCCUUUCCUUCCCUAUUAUCUAGUUAUCCUAUGUUCCCAUCAAUUCCAUCUCUAGUUGGCGGCCCACAACACCCACUUCUGACAUCGUCACUUCUCUUGCCUUUCCAAAAUGCUAGCCAUCGAGAUACAUCAUCAUCAGUACCAAAGGAAGAAAAGGAUUCCAAUGACUUUGAUUUACGUAUGCCAAUCUCUUCUGGAUCAGAAGCUGCUCAGUCUCCAGUGCAAGAGGAAUCUUCAUUGUUAGCCUCACCAAGAUUUUCUCCUUCACCAACACCCAAACAUUCGCUCUCUUCUGUAAGGGAAUCUCCUCAGGUGUCAGACUUGAAAAAUGUAAGUGAAGAGAGGGAAGAGUCAGAAGAUUUCAAACGGAAGCUUACUGAGUCCCCAGAAAUCAGGGAGACCAGUUCUGAACCUUUAGAAUCUACACCUAUUCUUGAAAUAUCAAAGAAAGAGAUUAAGACAGAGUCAACUCCAGGAACUGGUGAAAGAAAGGAGCAACCCUUAGAUCUAACAUUGAGACGCAAAGAAAAUGAAAGAGUCGAUUUAUUUUUGGGCAGCUUUAGUGAUGUUUCUCAUGCAAGUGACCAAAGAAGAGAGCGUGUUCAUUCACCAGCCCCUGUUGAGGCCAAAUCUAUGGAGGAAUCACGCCCUCGCCCUGAUCGGUCCUUCCUUAGAAUCAGUGAUCUACUUAAAGAUACAAAUAAUACAUCUGCACCGCCUCCCCCUCCUCAGCCCCCGUCUCUCCUUGAGGCACCAGUCAAGUUACCAUUAGCUUAUCCUAGGCCAAUGCAUCCCGCUUUCCUGCUUGAUAUGUAUCGCAGUAUUGACCGUAGCUUAGAUCGGAGCCAUCUCCUUCAUGGAAGCAGUCUACCAGGAGGAAGUAUUCCAGGUAGCAGGUAUCCUCUCCUACCACCUUAUCUUCCACCCACCAGUAUGACUGGUAUGGGAUUAGGUUUAAAUCGCAAUGCUGGUCUUGACAUGCUGAAAGCCCAUAUGUCAAAUGCCGGGAGACCAUACGGGGAUAUCAGCCGCCCAUAUGACUUAAUGGCCUCUCAUAUACCACGAGCAAAAGACCGAUACUCGUGCAAGUUUUGUGGUAAAGUGUUCCCAAGAUCAGCCAACCUCACGCGUCACUUGAGGACUCACACUGGUGAACAACCCUACAAAUGCAAAUACUGUGAAAGAUCCUUCAGCAUCUCUUCUAAUCUGCAGCGUCACGUACGCAACAUCCACAAUAAAGAGAAGCCCUUCAAGUGCCCCUUGUGCGACCGAUGCUUUGGCCAGCAGACCAACCUAGACCGGCACCUCAAGAAGCACGAAGUCGAGGGUCCAAACCCACCCGACUCACCAGAGGCUCCUGACUCGACCAGCGCAGCCGUUGAUAAUUCCACGAACUUCUUGAGCGAUGAAAUAAGAUCCUUCGUUGACAAAGUGACAGACUCUACGACUGAUGAUAUCAUUGACGAUGACGAUGACCCUAUGGAAGAAGAUGAUGAUGAUGAUGACAAAGAACUCAUUGAUGUAACAGCUGCCGAUGAUGGUGUUAAUAUGAACUGCCCUGUGAAACGUUUGAGAGUGGAAUAAUAGAUUAUGACGGGAUUCUGAAUGAGGCGUUUUAGGAAAAGUGUAUAGUGUUCGAAGGCUAGGAGGUUAUUUUAAUCUGCUUACUAACUUUGAGAACCCCUAGCAACGUGAAUGGUGUACUACUCAAUCAAAGUGCGCUGACAAUAUCUGGUGUAAUCAAACCAGAACAUAUCGUGGGUAUUGGUAGAAACUUUAGGAAUAAAACUUGAAUCCAAAUCAAAAUAGCGGGCUGUUCCGUAACUUUCAAAUAAUCCAUGUCCAUAUCGUGACAAAAGCAAUUAGCUUUUUAAAUACCCUUUUGUAAUAAUAGUUCGUUAUUUGGUGCUUUUUAAAGACGUUGGAACUUGACGUUAUCAUCAGACUCACUGAGUAUGUUGGUGAAAUACAAACUUGUGACUUGAUAAAUGAACAUUUAGUCACUCGUUGAAUGUGUUAUAAGGAUUCCAAAGAGACGGUGGUACCAGUGUGAUUAUUUUGCGAUUUUUAUAUGUAAGUACAAGACUAGUGUAAAGUGAAAUUGUUACCAGACAAUUUGGGGCUGUGGCCUCUCGGUCUCAGCCUCUUGAUGUACAGUCUAAAACCAAAAAUUUUCUGAAGUUUCCCUGUUGGAAAACUUUAACUAGGACUUAUAUAUCUUUUAAUUUUAUUGUGAAAGUUAAAACAGGCGAACGGACCUGUUUUAUAUAUAUAUAUAAUUGCAAAAUUAGCUGUUAUAUCUUUUUAACGAAACCAGUGAAAAAACUAAUUUAUUUCCGAAGAAUUUGUGGAGUGAAAACCGCAAGGCAGAACCGUUGAGUACAUGAAUUGGAAAAUAGAAUAGACUUGAAACCUCUUUUUCGAGAAUCAUUACUGAAUUGUGACACGAAUUGUCAAACACCGAGUGAUGUGAUGAGGAACCUUUCGGGAAGUUGAAGACACGUUUUAAUCUGUUUCUCCUUUCCAUUUUCCAUCAAUAUCCUCUUUUUCUUCUUCUUUUUUUUCUAUUUAUUCCGCAUCAUUCUUCUGAGUGACAACCGCGGCUAAGAAGUGACCUCCCUCCUCCCUUCGUCCUGUUUCUCCUUGAUGUAAACUUAAAAAUAAUCGCUAAUCCUAUGACGACAUAGACAGAAGAUGCUAUUAGAUGUGCGUUUUGUGCAAUGUAAUGAAUGUGUUACUUUUUAACUUAUGUAGACAGGUAGCGUGUACAUAAAUGGUUGAAAGAUUAUAUUUUGUUAAUAAAAUGAGAAAUGCUU